AUGUUUGGCUGGGGCAGUGCGUUAGCAUUGCCUUCAGCGGCCUCAGAACCUGAGAAAGAACGAAACCCUCCACCACACCCAACUCCGCUAGAUUUCCCAGAAUGUCAGCUCCCCGAUGUCGUCACCGAUCAGUCGGACAGCCGUCUUCACGAACUCUUCCACCUGCUCGCCGACAUUAAACGACCCCAGGACAUCUCCAUCCAUCGCUUCAAGCCCCUCAACCUCAAAGUCGACAACAAUGUGGAGGUAUCACAAAUGUUUCCCUCGGCGCAUGCCCAAUCAUUGCCGCCGAAGCCUUGGGAGCCCGAGCCCGAGUCCCCCGCCGGGGAAGAGCGCCCACCCCCAGAGAUGAGCAAUGGCCUCCCCUACCCCCCGAAAGACAAGUACGAGGUCCUCCAUCACGAACUACUGCUGGAUAACGAUGAUGUCUUCCGCGAGGUAGCCCGCCUCCCAGUCCGCGAGGGCCGCGAUCGUGUCCGCGUCACCCAGACGAGGAAGUUCUGGCCCUCUCUCGAGCGUAUGUCACAAUACUGGGAUAACAGUAUCGACAAUUACUUUGAGCGCCCCGCCAGUCCGGAGCCGACCCCUCCAGUAGAUGAUGAGCACGCCACAGAGGACAAGAUGGAGGUGGAUCGAUCAGAAACCAAGACGCCCGCGGCUACCUCGGAUGGCGAACCGCCUCCUCGCCCAGUAGUAUCGAGGUACACAGGCCGGCGCAUUGGCUCUGGAGUGGAAAUGCCCGACGAUGUGCGUGAUGAGACAGUCCGCUCUUUCGUCGAGAUGGCUGCCUGGCCGUUCGGCUGCCAGGUCACUGUGCCGACACUGCCACCGCGCCUGACAGUCCGCAGUCUGCUGUUCCCAGUGCGCCAGUCAUUCCAGGUGGCGCGAUCUCCGCGGGACCGAACGAUUGCGCGUAACGGCAUCCUCGAGGGCCCAGUUCUCAUCGCACAGUGUCGACCAGAGACCGGGUUCAGAACAGACGGCGAAACUCCGGGCGAAGGUCUCGGGGAGGUCUGCGAUCUCUUCCGCGAGGUUGGAGGCAUGCUUCUUGCCGCCCAAGAACGUGCCCGUGAGGGUGCUCUAGAGGUGCGCCCGGGCGAGGGCAAAUGGUGGACUAUGGCACCGCGGUUCGGUGGUGCGCCAAACGAUGGCAUCUUGGAUGAUUUGAUGAAAGGCCCUGGUAUCCACGGUAUUCCGAUCCCGGAGUCCUUGGUAGAGGGUAGUCUCAGCUCUGCUUCCCAGGACCUAGACACAGCGCGCAGGCGGCCCCACGAGCAUCCAUUUAUGACUUCGCUGGCCCGCCGACCAAGUGCCAUGCGGAAGCUUACCAGCACGGAGAAGUGGAAGAUCAUCCAGCCGGGUCCCAGUCUCUGGGAUAAGCGGAUGAAGUAUAUGCAGAUUGGCAAGGACAAAGGGAGUCCUUUCGAUGAUAUUUACAUGAUCUCUUCGAUCAACCACCACAUUGCCAUUCUACAUCUCCGUGUCCACCGCCGAUAUCUUGAUAUUCUCACCCACGGAGAGAGCACAUUCCCCGAAACUUCUGAUGGCUCCGAUCAACCAUGGCAUGUGCUUAAGCUGCAGCGUACGCGCUGGUAUGACCUUCUCGACGCAAACGACCGCGUCGAAGCGCUGAAGGGUGUCUGGAGCUUGUUCCACUACCAACAGAGGAAGACAGACGACUAA